ACUCGAACUAUGGAAAGUACGGUCACCUCAACGACAUUGAAGGCCACGAAUAUCUCGAAGGAAAGUGGUCACGUCACCCCGCCUCUCACGCCGGAUGUUACCCGAUCCGGACCUGUCGGGGAUGAGGCCUUUGCUGGUUUCCCGAAGAACUUCUCUGUCGACAGUAAUGUUCUUGAAAAGUUUCCGGUAGGCACAAAGAUACUUUCAGCCGAUCCUUUCGGAACUUCAGCUUGGACGGUGACUACUCGGCUCCAGCUUCAGAUGGAAGAUGGGUCCGAAGAGCUAUUCUUUCUCAAAUCGGCUCCAGAAGAUCACGGGCGGACAAUGAUGGAAGGCGAGUUUAACUCUAUGUCCGAGCUAUACAAGUGGGCUCCCAAUCUUGUCCCAAAGCCACACUCGUGGGGGAAAUAUGCAGACAGUACGCCUGAUACGUACUUCUUUCUCUCGCAGUUUCUACAGAUGAAUGAGACAAUGCCAGAUCCAAAGUACCUCUGCGCUGAACUUGCCCGCCUCCAUCGGGACAGCCAUUCGCCUACAGGCAAAUUCGGAUUCCACUGCACAACAUGCCAAGGACGGAUCGCUCAGUGCGUAGGCUGGGAAGAAAACUGGACAGUAUUCUUCACCAAACUCCUCCAGCACGUGAUCAAACUGGACUUUGAGGUGAACGGGUAUUGGGAAUCACUCGACAAAGUCGAAAAGAGGCUCAUUGAACAUGUCAUUCCAAGACUACUCGAUGCCCUUUCCAGUGAUGGCAAUUCAAUCAAGCCCAGUCUACUUCAUUCCGACCUCUGGGAAGGUAAUACUGGAACAUCACUCAGCGACGGAAAAGUCUAUAUCUUCGACGCUGCUUCAUUCUACGGCCAUAAUGAGAUGGAAGUUGCAAACUGGCGCGGCUACUACAACAAAAUCAGCAAUAAAGUGUACACCAGAACAUAUCUCCGUCAUUUCUUGCCAAGUGAGCCGAAGCUUGAUUGGGAGGACCGCAAUCGCCUCUACAGCGUAUACUAUAACGUGAUAUAUUCCGUCAAUCAUGAGAGCCAAGGAACGGCCGUUCGUCAAUUGGCAUUUAGUGAUAUGUAUUAUCUCGUCGAUAAAUUUGCGCCAUUCCCUGAAGGUGAGGCACCCACGCGUUUACAGGAAUCGGAAAUCGCAUCUCUCUCUGCCGAACGCGACCAUACUCUAGCUUAA